CUCUCCCCAUCACACACAACAUGGGCUGGCUUUGGAGUAGCAGCAAUGACUCGGACAAGCUCGACCCGUCAUUGCGUGAAUUCUUGAAGAAGGAGGCACCCACAGGACCCAAGCCUACACUCCCUACCGCAACCAAAGAGAAGCCUGUCGAAAGCACACCUGCACCAGCGCCGCCUACGCAAGCACCUCUCGAGCCCGAGAAAUCAAUCGUUCCACCUCAAUCACAGUUUCAAGAUGGCCGCUAUGCACAUCUCUGGAAAAACUACACACCACAAGAUGUCCUGAUGGACCGAGGGAAGAACGAGCAGGACAAAUUGAGGGACCUCGUCGAUGCAUACAACGACCGCAAUGCUUCAAUUGGACAGAUCGCCAUGGAGAACUGCGCCCUGGAAUACAUGGAGCAGUUUGAGUGCUUCAGGAACCCCAAGACAUGGUGGUCAAUGGGCACAAUGUGCAAUGCAGAGUCGAGGAGAUUCAAUCGCUGCUAUGAUAUGCAGUCGAAGUUCUUGAAGGCAUUGGGAUACCUGACACUGGAUGCGCGGACCCCAGAGGAGGACGAGAGGAUUCAAAUGCACGCCGACAAGCUGUACGAGCAGAUGCUCCAGCAAGAGGCAGAGAUCGAGAAGGCAAACGCUGAGGGUCGGGAACCGCCCAAGUUUCAAAGCGUGUUGUCCAAGACCAAUGUCGCGCGGGCUAUGGCCGGCAAGCAGGCUACCAUCACACCCCUGCCUGCGCAAGGCAAUGCACAGGUCGAGCCAGAAGAUGAUAUAUGGAGUCAGAUCAAACCUGAAGCCCGAAAGAAGUACGAGGAGACCAUUGCCAAGCUGCCGCCGAGGGACCAGGAAAUUGAACGCAUGGCGAUACUGGGCGAACUCAAGGCACAAACAGGCAUGUCCAAGCAGGUCGAGGAGACAUUCGUCGAAGAGCGCAUAAAUCGCAUGAAGAGGAAGGAAGCAGGGCAGGCAACAAUAGGGGAUACCAUCAAGGGUUGGUGGGGUUGGGGCUGAAUAUGGACGCAUGUACUGUACGUAUUGUGUAUAACUAUGUAAUUGCUGCGGUCCUUGUGUUGA